CUCUCGCCUGUUAGGCCUGUAUCCGGAGGUAUCAUGGAGGAUAACAGUGGAUGCAUCGGCGAAAAACUCGCGCCAUUCAAUCCGAGCAGUGAUGCCGUGAUACGGAUGGCUAUUGAGAUGCUUCAGCUAGUGAAGGAGAGCAUCCUCUACGAUCUUGGAUGCGGGGAUGGACGACUACUGGUGGAAGCUAUCAAAGCGUCAGGAGCCCGAGGGGUUGGGGUUGAAUAUGACAAACGCUUCGUAGAUCGAGCUCUUACGCGGGUGGCUGAUGCGCAGCUGGAGCACAAGAUCAAGGUCGUUCACGGCAACGUUCUCGAUGUUGAUAUUGUCGAGGCCACGGCAGUGUUUAUCUACCUCGUCCCCGCAGGCAUGGCGGCAUUGAAAGAAGCUUUGGUCUCUGCUUUGAGAGCGGGGGCCAGAGUUGUCACCUAUGUUUUUUCUAUUCCAGGGUUGGAUCCUGUCCGAGUGGAAACUUUCAAGGCGACCAAGAUCUAUUUGUAUACUGCAGCUUCGGUGGCAACGCCCGCAUGAUGAGCUGGACCACGAAGAUGUAUGCUAAGAUCUGUGGCAAGCCCACGAGAUGAGCUGCGCACUUUGAGGGAGUCACCCGGAAGUGACCUGAACGACAUGGAAGCUUCAUUGUGAGCGUGCAGCGAUGCGCUCAUCAGCACGGACGGCAACGCUCUCGUGCGUGUAGUCCGUGUGCUACCACUGGCCCACGUGAAGUUUCUUAGGGCUUGGAAUGUCCUGUCAAAAGGUCGUACCUCUGCCACCAGACUCUGGGUUUCGCUCCAUGCUUGAGGUCCUACUGCGCAUGGGGAACGGGCAAUCCUGUCCGAAGAUGGAAAUUCUUGUACAUAAUGUACAGCGUGUUUGCUUGCGGAGUAUUCGGGUUCCCCGAGCCGAAGUAGAAACAUACACCAUGUAGUCACCGAACGAGGGUAAGAAAUGGUUGAGGUUGGUUGUCAUCAGUGUUGUCCCAUUGUCCCAUGUUAUCCGGGUCUAAAUGAAUUAGUGUUUGCUGUGGGGAGUAGGUCCUUCGUGGAUGUUACUCCGCACGUCCAAUCUGUGAAGAGAAGAACCUCCCUACUCUUUCCAAAUGCGUACAGUAGCAGACCAUAAAUCUUUUGAAGUACACCCAGAGUGAGCAGAGCCAAACUGGAUAACUGCGUUCGGCAUCAAGGUUCGUGUUGCUCUUGACUACAGCAGUAUAUCUGGCGAUUCCUCUUUUGGUCACCAGUGCAUCACACAAAUGAACGCAAAACACUCAUGCGGUUCACGUGCACGGUCAAGUAACAUCGUUGGGCGGUUACGGUAGCAUUUGAUAUUCCGAUUUUGUCUGUGUUAACUGGUAUCGCGGUUGUUGUCUACGAAUAAAGUCGUUCGUC